GUCCAAUGUAUGCCUUCUGCUGAAGAAGUAGGGGCGGGGGGAAGUUUAGGAGUUGAGGAAAGAAGAUUAAAGAGCGCGAGGAGACAAAUAAAAAGAAGUGUCAAGAAUUGCCUUUGGGACUCUGAAGGCUGAAGGUGGCAGGAAAUAAAAAAUAAUUGGAGUGGAAUUUCAAUGUCUUUAUUUCCCUGAAGACCAGCCUUUAAGAGCUUCCUCAAGUGUGUCUCCUCUUCCUAAAGUUGCACAGAAUCACCCUUGGGUCCUAGUCUUCUGCCCAGUAAUUGGACCCUAUUUUCCAGAAUACCUGAUAAAUUGCAAGUUUGUGCCCCACAGCUGCACAGACUGCCUGAAGUUACAUUUAGAGACUGAAAUCACUGCACCUUAAAAACAAAAGAUUGGGCUGCACUGUAUUCCUAAUGUUUCAUCAUUACUAACAGGAUACUCCUCAUGCUAUUGCUGUCUGAUCUUUGACCAUCAGUCUGUGACUUGCCCCUUCUCUUUACAUGCAGCCGCUCUCUGUUCCCUGCCCCAAUGAACAUCUGCACUAGGCCCAAGCCUUGGAGUAAUUUACCUGAAGAGUGACACCAUUUAUUUUGAAACUACUAUGAGGAAACUGAAGCCCAGAGAGGUGAAGUGAGGUGCCCAAGGCCACACAGCAAGUUAGAGGCACAGCUAGUACCAUAGCUCAAGUCUCCUGACUCCCAGUCCAGUGCUCCUCCCAUUACUCCACGAGUCCUGUCUCUAAGCUUCCUGACAAAUGCUAGAACGGAAGAAACCCAAGACAGCUGAAAACCAGAAGGCAUCUGAGGAGAAUGAGAUUACUCAGCCGGGUGGAUCCAGCGCCAAGCCGGGCCUUCCCUGCCUGAACUUUGAAGCUGUUUUGUCUCCAGACCCAGCCAUCCUCCACUCAACACAUUCACUGACAAACUCUCACGCUCACACCGGGUCAUCUGAUUGUGACAUCAGUUGCAAGGGGAUGACCGAGCGCAUUCACAGCAUCAACCUUCACAACUUCAGCAAUUCCGUGCUCGAGACCCUCAACGAGCAGCGCAACCGUGGCCACUUCUGUGACGUAACGGUGCGCAUCCACGGGAGCAUGCUGCGCGCACACCGCUGCGUGCUGGCAGCCGGCAGCCCUUUCUUCCAGGACAAACUGCUGCUUGGCUACAGCGACAUCGAGAUCCCGUCGGUGGUGUCAGUGCAGUCAGUGCAAAAGCUCAUUGACUUCAUGUACAGCGGCGUGCUACGGGUCUCGCAGUCGGAAGCUCUGCAGAUCCUCACGGCCGCCAGCAUCCUGCAGAUCAAAACAGUCAUCGACGAGUGCACGCGCAUCGUGUCACAGAACGUGGGCGAUGUGUUCCCGGGGAUCCAAGACUCGGGCCAGGACACGCCGCGGGGCACUCCCGAGUCAGGCACGUCAGGGCAAAGCAGCGACACGGAGUCGGGCUACCUGCAGAGCCACCCACAGCACAGCGUGGACAGGAUCUACUCUGCUCUCUACGCGUGCUCCAUGCAGAAUGGCAGCGGGGAGCGCUCUUUUUACAGCGGUGCAGUGGUCAGCCACCACGAGACUGCACUUGGCCUGCCCCGCGACCACCACAUGGAAGACCCCAGCUGGAUCACACGCAUCCAUGAGCGCUCGCAGCAGAUGGAGCGCUACCUGUCCACCACCCCCGAGACCACGCACUGCCGCAAGCAGCCCCGGCCUGUGCGCAUCCAGACCCUAGUGGGCAACAUCCACAUCAAGCAGGAGAUGGAGGACGAUUACGACUACUACGGGCAGCAAAGGGUGCAGAUCCUGGAGCGCAACGAAUCCGAGGAGUGCACGGAAGACACAGACCAGGCCGAGGGCACCGAGAGUGAGCCCAAAGGUGAAAGCUUCGACUCGGGCGUCAGCUCCUCCAUAGGCACCGAGCCUGACUCGGUGGAGCAGCAGUUUGGGCCUGGGGCGGCGCGGGACGGCCAGGCUGAACCCGCCCAACCUGAGCAGGCUGCAGAAGCCCCUGCCGAGGGUGGUCCGCAGCCAAACCAGCUAGAAACAGGUGCUUCCUCCCCGGAGAGAAGCAAUGAAGUGGAGAUGGACAACACUGUUAUCACUGUCAGCAACAGCUCUGACAAGAGCGUCCUGCAACAGCCUUCGGUCAACACGUCCAUCGGGCAGCCAUUGCCAAGUACCCAGCUCUACUUACGCCAGACAGAAACCCUCACCAGCAACCUGAGGAUGCCUCUGACCUUGACCAGCAACACACAGGUCAUUGGCACAGCUGGCAACACCUACCUGCCAGCCCUCUUCACUACCCAGCCCGCGGGCAGUGGCCCCAAGCCUUUCCUCUUCAGCCUGCCACAGCCCUUGGCAGGCCAGCAGACCCAGUUUGUGACAGUGUCCCAGCCCGGCCUGUCGACCUUUACUGCACAGCUGCCAGCGCCACAGCCCCUGGCCUCAUCCGCAGGCCACAGCACAGCCAGUGGGCAAGGCGAAAAAAAGCCUUACGAGUGCACUCUCUGCAACAAGACUUUCACCGCCAAACAGAACUACGUCAAGCACAUGUUCGUACACACAGGUGAGAAGCCCCACCAAUGCAGCAUCUGUUGGCGCUCCUUCUCCUUAAAGGAUUACCUUAUCAAGCACAUGGUGACACACACAGGAGUGAGGGCAUACCAGUGCAGUAUCUGCAACAAGCGCUUCACCCAGAAGAGCUCCCUCAACGUGCACAUGCGCCUCCACCGGGGAGAGAAGUCCUACGAGUGCUACAUCUGCAAAAAGAAGUUCUCUCACAAGACCCUCCUGGAGCGACACGUGGCCCUGCACAGUGCCAGCAAUGGGACCCCCCCUGCAGGCACACCCCCAGGUGCCCGCGCUGGCCCCCCAGGUGUGGUGGCCUGCACGGAGGGGACCACUUACGUCUGCUCCGUCUGCCCAGCAAAGUUUGACCAAAUCGAGCAGUUCAACGACCACAUGAGGAUGCAUGUGUCUGACGGAUAAGUAGUAUCUUUCUCUCUUUCUUAUGAACAAAACAAAACAACAACAAAAAACAAACAAACAAAAAAGCUAUGGCACUAGAAUUUAAGAAAUGUUUUGGUUUCAUUUUUACUUUCUGUUUUUGUUUUUGUUUCGUUUUCUUUUGUACUACAUGAAGAACUGUUUUUUGCCUGCUGGUACAUUACAUUUCCGGAGGCUUGGGUGAAUAAUAGUUUUCCCAGUCUCCCUCGGAUGGUGGCCUUAAGGCCUGGUAGUGCUUCAAGAGGUCCACUGGUUGGAUCUCUAGCUACUGGCCUCUAAAUACAACCCUUCUUUACAAAAAAAUCUUUUAAAAAAAAGUUAAAAAAAAAAAAAAAAAAAAAAUUUCCACUUGUGAAGAGCACUACAAAAAAUAUAUAACAAAAUCUAAAAGGCCUACUGUCUUUAAGUACACCGCUUGCAGUGUUUCAGUGGACAUUUUCACAAUUCUGGCCGCUUGGACUUCACAGUAACCAGUUAAAACUGUGGAAUAUCACUUCUGGUUGAAAACCCAGAGGAAAGGCCCUGCUGUUUUCCACCUACCACGUUGUCUGAUUUCAUAAAAGGGCUGUGGGGGUGGGAAGGGCAGUGGGUUCGGUGGUGUGGGAAAGAAAGACGAAUGGCAGGCUUCUCCCCCAGAUUCUGCCCGGGUCCACACACCCUGGCCCACCUUUUCCAUAUCCCCCUCUUGCAGCAGAAGCCAGGAAGACUUGGACAAGCAACAAGCAACAGUGGCUAUCGUAUUUAUUCAGUGUCUUCGCUGAGCCACAGCCUCAGCACAAUCAAGAGGGACUUUCAUGAAAGGCAGGAAUGCGGAUAAAACAAAGAUAUCAGAAAUGUGCACCUAUGUUUCUAGGUACAAGAGAAGGAUUAUUUCCAACAAUCUUUGCAAAAAAAAAAAAAAAAAGUGUCAGGAUAUAUUCUUGUGGAAGAGAAAAAGAAAGAGAAAUGGAGGGUGGGGGGGAACAAUAAAAAGUUCUUGAGGCUUUUUUAAUUCAAAAUUUUAUAGAGGGGCAAAAGUGACGUUUACCAGAUAGAAUGCUGAUUUUUUUAAUAUAUUUACAACAGUAUUUGUGUAAAAAAAAAAACAAAAAAAGUGAAAUUGUUAAAAGUAAUUUUUUUUCAUUUUGGUUUUGCAUACACUGCCACCAGUUCCUUCUCUUUUAUUUUAUUUCACACACAUAUAUAUAUUUUUUGGUAAGUCAAGACUGUUAAGGUUAGCGAUACUGCUUCCAGAUAGAAAGAAUAAAAGGCAACUAUAGUUAUAUUUGAAAGAGAGGAAGGAUAUUUUCUUCAUAUUUUUUUUAAUUUUUCUUAAUUUUUAUUAUUUUAAGUAUUGCCUGGGUUGAUGAGGGCCUCUGUGGCCAGCCCAUCCCUGCUGUAAUUUGAAUUGCUGCUUUGUAUUUUGAUAUGUAGUUCUUUGACUUUAGCAAGCUUAAGUUGCCCCACUGAAUAAUUUUUUUCAACUGAUCCAUCUAGAAUUCUGUUCUUUUUCAUGGAAGAGACUUUAUCUUUCAGAGAUUGCUUGCUUCUCCAAAAUUUCAUUGAGAUCUUACAAUUCUAGAAUUUCUAUUGACUCUACUUUUUUUCUUGGUGAAACACUAGUAGUCUGGAAGUCUUGAUAAAUGGGGUCUUUUCUUUUGUGAUCAGCCAGGAAGAGGAGUUCAUAAAACUCUGCCAUAGCUCCUCACCCUUCCCAACUGCAAAGAGCAUCAUUAUGAGAAGCCUGUUACAGAUCAAGAUGCAUUGAUGCCAAAAUUACUUUUUUCCUUUCAAAUAUCACCUUCUGACUAUUUCCACCAUGGUUAAGAGGGCUAAAUAAGAUGAUCAUUCUUUAGAUGACUAAUUAACCCUUGCUUCCUAGAGAGGUUUUAGGGAAAUUAAAAAAUUCCCAGAUGCCAACAUCCACUAUUCAAAAGACCACCAAUCUAUUGCAUCAUACCAGAUGCCACUCUCUCUUCCUAGUUGGGAUUUCUCUCCUCGGUCCUGAUCAAGGUAUUAUAAUAGAGAUAUUUUCAUUAUAGACAGUGUCCUGAAGGGAUUCCAGCUCAAAUAUAGGAUUUCUUAAACCUAGCUAAAACUCCCAAAGUGAUUUCAUUGCUGGGCAUAUUUUAACACACUUAGGGGAAAGCAAAUCUUUAAACAAAGCAAAACACCAAACUACAGUUUUAAAAAGAAGAAAGGAGAGAGUAUUUUAGUUUCAAAAUUACAUUACAUUUUAAUUUAAUUUUCCUUCUAAUUUUCCUGUCAGCAUUUUAUUUACAAAAACUGUGCAGCAAACGAGGGAAAAUCUUCCAACACAAACAACUCUGUAAUGACUAAAUUGGUUUUAUUCAUAUAUUUCAGACAUUUGGUUAACUUGGAUCUUUUUCAUAAGUUCUUUGUGACGCUUAGUAAGGUUAGUGUAACUGAAGUGUUUGUGAGUUUGAUUUGGUCCCACAGUGCUUAAUUCAGUGGAUAUUUUGCUAGAAGUUUUAAUGUACACUUGGGUGGUUAACUGACUAUUGAGUAUAACCUAUUGUGAUUUUUAAGAGGAGUCCUACCAAGAACUGUGUGUCCAAAACUGACCUGUUUUAACAGCUAGUGAGGAACAGCUUCCAAAAUAAAGUAAGUUCAUUUUUCUAUUGCUAAUUUUGCUUUUUAAAAUAUCAGUGUUGUAAAACUAAUAUUUCCACUUACCACCAAUAGAGGGAGCAUUAGUUAAUUAACUAUGUCAUGGAAUUGUUUUGGUAUUUUGGAAAACAAGUGAUUCCACCCAUAAAGUAAAAAGAGAAGAUUGACCUUAAGAAAAAAACUCUUAAAGCUAGAGGAUAAUGACAUGAAAUCACUCAAUACAUGUUACAAAUGAAAGAAGGCCAAAAACCACUUUGAAAUAUGUUUAACUGUUUAACAGUAGUAGACUUGAAAGUGUCUUUGUUCAAAUUUAGCAAAGUAGGAAGAAUUUUCACUAAUACCUCCUGAAAAGUUGAUCUUAGGUGCCAUUAUGGGCCACAUGUAGCUUUCUGUUUCUCAAAUCUGAGAUAGACCCAUUUGCCUUAAUGCUGAUUUGCCAUGUAAAAUGCUAAGCAAUUGGGUUAGAAUCCACCUUUUCUUUUGGUAGAACAUGUAGAGAAAAAGCUGCAGGUGACUUGAAACCCUGAGGAGUCUUAUCAUCCUUUCCCUGUAAAGGAAGCGUCUCUUUAAAAAAAGUGGAGGGGAGAGGGGGUGGAGGAUCCCUAAAGAAUUCUUAAUGAGGUGAUAUAAUCAUUGCAGUCCAUGACAAAAUGGACCAGCCAGGUUUGCAUAGCAGUAGACAUAUUCCUGCUGUAUGUUUAUCCUUCCCAAACAUGUCACAUUCUAAAAUAGUUGACAAAUUAUUUUGUGGAAAGAGGAAGAAGCUGGAUUGGAGUGGCAGAUCUAAUCUGGAGGAGCAAAGAGGUAGUUGUUUAUUGCAAUGUUCCUGGCCCAUCAAAUGGCCACUUUCCAAACUGACGUUUUAGGAAAUAAACUAAUCUGGACCUGUUUCAAAAGGAUGGAGAUGCGUUUAGAUUGUCAGUUCUCACUUUUAAAUUAAACAAUCACAAAUAUCUUUAGAAAUAGGGAAAGAUAUUUGCUUCAAAAUGAGAGAAUGAGUGUGGAUAUUUUUAAUUUUUUUUGUUUCAAGUCUUACAGUCAUCUUACAUUUGGAACUUCAUGGUAGGGUGAUAUCAGUGCUAAAAAAAAAUUUCUUUCUAGUAGCCAGGAAACAGAUAGAUAAGAUAAAAGCAAAUGUUCCAGAUUUAAGACUUCUUAGGGUGAGUACAAGGAAGAAGAACUAGUAUGGAAGGGACACUUUUUAGCAAUUUAUAAUUUUAUAAUGGAAUUUGCCAAACAAGGGAAAGGAAAAAAGUCAAAGGGGAAUUUUUAUCUCAAGAUAUUUAGAUAUGGUUAUAAAAAAUAAUAUUUUCUAGCACUAAAAACAUUGGUAUUAUCUCAGCGUCAUGGGCAAUUUUUCCUUAUUAAAUGCCAACAUUUGUACCAAAAAGGCCCCCAAAUGUGUGAAAUAUAAUCCUGAAAAAGAAAAUAAUUGGAAUACAUGGAUCUGAUAGAACUCUACACAGGGGGAAAAACUGAGAAACAAGCUAAGCAAAAAAAAAAAAAAA